AUGUGUGAUGCUAAAGAGUGGAAAGAACGACGUUUAAGUGAUAGUAUAAGGAUUCCAAUGGACGAGGAACUAUUUAAAUUCAUUUAUGAUCUCAGUAGUCAUGGUGUUUUAAAGUUUGGUGAGAACGAACUGCCAAGUGGAGUAAUUUCACCGAUAUAUUUAAAUAUACGAGUUCUUUCUUCUUUUCCGGAACAAUUGAAUUCUGUUGCGAAUCGUUUAUAUCACGAAAUCACCAAAAGCCAGAUUAGCUUUGAUUAUAUUUUUGGAGUCUCUUAUGGAGCAACAAUGAUUUCAACACUUGUUAGCUUGAUGCUGAAAAAACCGUUAUUCUUUUGUAAUAAAAAAAUUAAAAAUAGAAAUUGCAAAGAAGAAAUAGAAGCACCAGAAGGAUGUCAUAAAAUACUGAUUGUUGAGGAUGUUGUCGCUACAGGACAAACUAUUAUCGAAGCUGCUCAUGAACUUAUAAGUAGUGGAAAUAUUGUCGAAGAUGCUUUUUGCAUCGUAGAUCGUGAACAAGGUGCAUUUGAAAGUCUGCGUCUCGAAAAAAUAACUUUACAUUGCGUCACUACAAUGAUUGAUUUCGCACGAUUUGUAGUCAGCUUCAACCUUUUUACAUUGGAGCAGUCAGCGAAAAUGCUUUUAGAAGUUCAUGAAUUACCGAAAACUCUUCCCUAUCUCAUAGAUCCUGAAAUUUGGUCAUUCGGUAAACGCUAUGAUUCCACAAGGUCUGAAUUAAAUAAGAAAUUAAUCAAAACUAUAUGCCGUAAGAAAACGAGCGUUUGUUUGGCUGUCGAUUAUACAAACGUUAAAGAUAUUGUAAAAUUAUUGGAUAUUGCUGCGCCUUAUAUAUGUGCAGUAAAAUUGCAUGCGGAUAUAAUCGAAGAUUUUGAUGAACUUUUCGUUUUGCAGAUUAUUUCCAGGGCACUAGCCGAUGAUUAUAUCAUUUUGGAGGACAGCAAAUUUGCUGAUAUUGGUAAAAUCAUAGAAAUGAAGCUAUUGAAAGGUUCACGUCGAAUUUCAUCAUGGGCCAACCUUGUUACGUUAAAUCCAUUGCCUGGUAUUUCAAUAAUCGAGGCGCUGCAAAGGGUCAUAAGAGUUUCAAAGUUGGAGGGUUGUCUCUUAAUUAUAGAUUCGGAUACUGAGAAUGCUUUAAGUUUCUCGCGAAAGUCACUGAAAGUUGUUCACCAAAUCUCUCACGAAAAUAACGCUUCUGUAAGUGGAUUCAUCUGCCAAGAACGUGUUUUUGACGAUCCUAGCUUUCUUUAUUGGACUUCGUGUGUGAGCGAAGAUAAAGCAAAUGGUGGAACGGACCAGCAGUUUAGAAGCGUAGAAGAGGCUAUUAUUAGAGAUAUGAAUGAUGUUAUUAUUAUCGACCGUCCAGUUAUGCAAACAGGCGAUGUGCUUUCGCAACUUCAAAGAUACAGCAAGCUAUCUUGGGCUGCGUUAAAUAGUAGGCUUGGGCAAGAAAUAAUUUUAUGA